CCCCGACGGGACUCACCCCGCGCUCGGGUCACUCCCACGGCGCUCCCGGUGGUGCCGCUCACGGUGACGCCGCUCACGGUGCUGCAGGAGCGGCGGAGGAGGAGGCGGCGGAGGGAGCGGUCGGUGGCGGCGGCGGCGGCGGGGCCGGUACGGGCGGCGGGGACGGCGGUAACGGCGCGGGAGUUGUGCGAGAACGAUGAUUUGGCCACGAGCCUCGUGCUGGAUUCGGUGCUCGGGUUCCGCACGCACAAGAUGGGAGUCAGCCCCCUGCCCGCCCUGCGGCGGCGGGCGCGGCUCCGCGCGGCCCUCGAGGCGUUCCGGCGGCGGCGGGACCUGGAGGCGGCGUGGCGGACGCUGAGCGGGGCCUGGGCACCGGCGUUCUUCCGCCGGCGGCGGCCGCAGCAGCGCGCCGAGCUCAAACAGCACGUGUUCCGUUACCUGCGGACUCUCCUUCCCGAGAGCGGCUUCACCAUCCAACCCUGCACCCGCUACAGCCGCGACGUCAACGGCGCCAGGGUGGUCUCCACACGCACCUGGCGCAAACAUGAGACGCUGGAGCUGCUGGGCGGCUGCGGGGUGGAGCUGCGGGGUUCGGACCGGGCACUGCUGAGGGCAGGAGACAACGAUUUCAGCCUCAUGUACUCCACCCGCCGAAGGAGAACCCAGCUCUGGCUGGGGCCGGCCGCCUUCAUCAACCACGAUUGUCGGCCGAACUGCAGGUUGGUGUCGGCCCCGGGCGGGGCGCGGGUGCAGGCGCUGCAGGACAUCCCCCCCCGGGCAGAAAUCACCUGUUUCUAUGGCGACGGCUUCUUCGGAGAGGGCAACCGGGGCUGCGAGUGCCGCACCUGCGAGAGGCUCGGCGAAGGCGCCUUCCGCCGCCGCGGGGGGAGGGGCAGAACGACCCCCCCCCCCCCCCCCCCCCUCCCCCCACGAGACCCCCCCCCAAAAUACGAACUGCGCGACACCGACGUGCGGCUGCGGCGGCGGCGGGGGGGGCAGGGCGGAGACCCCUCCCCAAAAAAACGACCCCGACAGCGGCGACAACGGCGGCGACCCCUCCCCACGGGCGCGACCCCCGCCCAGCCCCGCGUGGCGCUGCACGACUGCGUGUCCUGCGGGGGGCGCUGUGCCCUGCGCGGGAGGGUCCCCGCCGUGCUGCUGGGGACCCCCAAAAACGCCCCCAGACCCAAAUCCGACCCCAAAUUGUCGCUCUAUGCUCAUGUGAGAUUGGGGGGGUGCACCCCAAAAUCCGGGUUUGGGGGUGAGGGGCGCGCAGGGAGCCCCCCCAGGCUGAGGUUGGUGGUGUCGGAGGGGGAGUUGGCGCUGGCGUUGACCCCCGCCCGGGUGUGAGACCCCCGAAUUUGGGGGGUUUGGGGGGUUAGAGAUGGAUUUUGGGGUCUGGACACGGAUUUUGGGGGUCUGGACAUGG